AUGUGUGGUAUAUUUGGUUAUUUGAAUUAUUUGGUUAAACGUGAUCGAAGAUUUAUUGCUGAUAUACUUAUUAAUGGUCUUCAUCGUUUGGAAUAUCGUGGUUAUGAUUCGUCAGGUAUUGCAUUUGAUGGUGAUAGUAUUAAUUCAAAUAAUAGUGAUGAACGAACUUGUAUGGUUGUAAGACAAAAAGGAAAAGUUGAAGAACUUGAACAUGCUGUUAAAUCAUUAGAAAAUGUUGAUUGGAAUGGUGAAUAUUCCGUACAUGUUGGUAUAGCACAUACACGUUGGGCAACACAUGGUGAACCAAAUGCAGUUAAUUCACAUCCACAACGUUCAGAUGAGCAAAAUCAAUUUGUUUGUGUUCAUAAUGGAAUUAUAACAAAUUAUAAAGAUAUUAAACAAUAUCUUACAAAUAAAGGUUAUAAAUUUGAAUCUGAAACUGAUACAGAAGUUGUUAUUAAAUUAGUUAAAUAUCUUUAUGAUAAACAUAAAAAUGAACAUAUUACUUUUCAAAAACUUAUUGAAAUGGCUUGUUCACAAUUGGAAGGUGCUUUUGCAUUAUUAUUUAAAAGUAUACAUUAUCCUGGUGAAUUAUGUGCUACUCGUCGUGGAAGUCCAAUGGUUAUUGGUGUUAAAUGUGCUGAUCAAUUAGGUGCUAAUCAUAUUCCAGUUAUGUUUAGCAAAGAUAUUUCAACAAAUCCUCGAAUGACAAAAGAUUUACGUGGUGUAUUUUCACCUCCAUUAAUGAUUACUGAUCAAACAACAGCUGAUUUGGCAGUAACAGGAAAUAAUCGUAGUAUUGAAUAUUUUUUUGCUUCGGAUGCGAGUGCUAUAAUCGAACAUACAAAUCAAGUCAUAUUUAUGGAAGAUGAUGAUCUUGCUGUUGUUAGGAACGGUGCAUUAACUAUUCAUCGUACACAACACGAAGUAUCUGGUCAAUCAACAAUUCGUGAAAUAAUUGAACUUAAAAUUGAAUUACAAGAAAUAAUGAAAGGUAAUUAUUCAUAUUUUAUGCAAAAAGAAAUUUUCGAACAACCUGAAUCUGUUGUUAAUACAAUGCGUGGUCGUGUUAAUUUUAAUACAAAAAAAGUUAUACUUGGUGGUAUUAAAGAUUAUAUUAGUGAAAUUCGUCGUUGUCGUCGUUUAAUAUUAAUUGCAUGUGGAACAAGUUAUCAUUCAGCUGUUGCAACACGACAAUUACUUGAAGAAUUAUCUGAAUUACCAGUUAUGGUUGAACUUGCAUCUGAUUUUCUUGAUAGAAAUACACCAGUCUUUCGUGAUGAUGUUUGUAUGUUUAUAUCACAAUCAGGUGAAACAGCUGAUACAAUAUUAGCAUUACGAUAUUGUAAACAACGUGGCGCACUUAUACUUGGAUUUACAAAUACAGUUGGAUCAAGUAUUUCACGUGAAUCACAUUGUGGUAUUCAUAUUAAUGCUGGACCAGAAAUUGGUGUGGCAAGUACAAAAGCAUAUACAAGUCAAUUUUUAGCACUUGUUCUAUUUGGUCUUGUUUUAUCGGAAGAUUCAAUAUCAAAAGAAUCCCGUCGUAAUGAUAUUAUUAAUGGUCUACAAAAAUUACCUGAAUUAAUUAAACAAGUACUUAAUUGUGAUAAAAAAGUACGUGAAUUUGCUGAAGAAUUAUAUAAACAAUCAUCAUUAUUAGUUAUGGGUCGUGGUUUCAAUUUUGCAACAUGUCUUGAAGGUGCUUUGAAAGUUAAAGAAUUGACAUAUAUGCAUUCGGAAGGUAUACUUGCCGGUGAAUUAAAACAUGGUCCAUUAGCUAUGGUUGAUGAUACAAUGCCAAUUGUUAUGAUUAUUAUGGAUGAUCCUGUUAAAAUAAAAUGUAUGAAUGCAUAUUCACAAGUUCAAGCUCGUGGUGGUCAACCAAUAUUAAUUUGUAAUGAUGAUGAUGAAGAAUUAAUUAAAUUAGAAAAUCGACGUAUAACUGUUCCACGUACAGUUGAUUGUUUACAAGGAAUUUUAUGUGUUGUACCGAUGCAAUUACUUUCAUUUCAUAUUGCAGUAUUACGAGGUUAUGAUGUUGAUUGUCCAAGAAAUUUAGCUAAAUCAGUUACUGUUGCAUAA